AUGGAGAGCCAGGGGGGCUUGCUCAGCCUGGCGGUGGGCCGGACUUGGGCAGAGAGGGGACACAGUGGCGAGGGUGCAGCCGGCAGCCGCCUGAUGGGGAACUCUCCAGCCUCCUCUUUCAUGGGCAGCUUUCUCACCGGCAGCCUGGGCUCAGCGGCCUCCGCGCACCCCAGCGGCCCCGCCCCAGCCCCCUCAGAGCAGGCCUACCGCGCCUCCCACCCCGCCACAUCCCAGAUCUGGUUCUCCCACUCCCAUGAAGCUCCAGCGUACCCCAGAUUUUCGGGGAGUCUGGCAUCCACCUUCCUACCCAUGAGCCACUUGGAUCACCAUGGAAACAGCAAUGUUCUCUAUGGGCAGCAUCGUUUCUAUGGAGCCCAAAAAGAUAACUUCUACCUGCCCCCCCAGCCCACCCUCCUGCCUGCCAACCACAACUUCCCCGGCGUGGCCCGGGCCGCGCCCGGCCACCCCAUCGGCUCCUGCAGCCGUGACCGAGGCGAGGCCGGCCCCCUGCAGAAGGGUGCCAAGGAGUUCGACCGCUUCCUCCUGGGCAGAGAGAAGGCCGGCAAGGCGGCGGAGGGCAAGGAGCGGCCGGCGGCCGAGGAGGAGGGCAGCAAGGAUCGGCACAAGCUGGUGCUGCCCGGGCAGGUGGACGGCCACUGCAAGGAGAGCGGUGUCACGCCCCGCGGCGCCUGCGAGGGCCGCCCCAAGCACCUCGCCUCCUGCCUCCUCAACACCAAGGUGCUCAACGGCGAGAUGGGCAAGGCCGCGCUGGCCAGCUGUGCGGGAGGCAUGCUGGUGCGGCCCGGCGCGGGAGUCACAGCCUCGGGGCGCUGCACCAAGGAGCUGGUGGGCCCCGCAGAGCCCGGGCCGGCCUUCAGCGAGUGCCUGGAGAGGCGGCAGAUGCUGCAUCAUGCUGUGGCCUACACCGUGCCGUCCGGCCUGCCCGCUGGGCCACCCCCGCCCCUCAGCACGGCCGCCGGCUCCUUCCCCUGCCUGCAGCUGCACGCCGGCCCGGACGGGCUCUGCCCGCUGCAGGACAAAGUCCCCCGAGACCUGAAGGCCAGCGGGCCCACCUUCGUGCCUUCCGUGGGACACCUGGCUGAGAAGAGCCGUCCCUUCCAGGCCGCCGAGGCCUGUGCCGUGGCAGGUGAGGGCAAAGACCGGCACCUCGAUGGCGCCUUGGCCCCCGAGCAUGCCGUGCCCUACGGGGUCUCCUAUGCCCACCUGAAGGCUGAGGGCAAGGGCGAGCGGCGGCCUGGGGGCUUUGAGGCUGCGCUCAACCCCCGGCUCAAGGGCCUCGAGUAUCUCAACAGCACAGGCCCCGAGACCCCCUUCUCCGGGCUCCCCAAAGGUGGUCUGGACAAAAGUGGCUACUUCGAGCUGCCCGCCCACUCGCAGGACUGCGCCCGGCCAAGUCACCAGGACCCGCUGGGUGGGAAGGUCACCCAGGCCUGCUGCACUUUGGAUAAGACCGCCGGCAAGGAGACCCCCUCAGGUCCCCCUGGGGCCCAGAAGGUGGCCCGGAUCCGGCAUCAGCAGCACUUGGUGACCCCCGAGGUGGCCCCAGGGGGCAGCGGGGCUGAAGCCAAGCGCAAGUCCCUGGAGCUGGCCUCUCUGGGCUACGGCGGGCCCCACCUGCCCCCGUGGAGCAUCCAGUCGGGCCAGGGCAGCGCCAUGGCCAUUGGCGAGGAGCGCAAGGGUGGCAGCUACCUGGACCCCUUUAGCGGCAGCCUGCAGCAGGCCGCCCUCCUGCCCCAGGACCUGCCCGCCCCGCCUGACGAGGUCUCAGCCAUGAAGAACCUGCUCAAGUACAGCAACCAAGCCCUGGUCGUUGGCCAGAAGGCGCCCUUCGUGGGUCUGGGCGGCCUCAAGGCCAGCUGUGCCCAGCAGGAUAUGAAGUUCCCAGCCUCCAAGGGCCCAGCCCAGGCCCCCAGCGAGGCUGAGAGGCCCGACUGUGCCCGAAGCCGGGAGCACGACACCCCGCACAGUGACGUGGAAGUGAGGCAGCCGCCCGUGGGCAUCGCGGUGGCCCUGUCCCGGCAGAAGGACACGGUGAGCCGGCCAGAGAUGGCCUACGGCGCCAACGCUGGGCGGCAGGGCCGGGCAGCCCCUGCCUUCAAAGCAGGUGGCGCGCCCCGUGCCACCCAUGCACUGGACCUGGAGGCCGAGGAGGAAAGGGCACGGCUGUCUGAGGACCGCCUGGGGCUCGCUGGCCGGGAGCUGCUGCUGCAGGACAACAAGGACCGCCUGGAGUUCUCCCGGAUCCACCCGGCAGGCGGCUGCCCCGGAGACCUGGCCCCUCAUCUUGUGAUCGGCAGCGGUUCCUCCCUGCCGAGCGGUCAGCUGGGCGGGGACCCGGCCUCCCACCCGCACCCUGCCCACCCGCCCUGGCUGCCCCGCACCCGCAGCCCCUCCCUGUGGAUGGGGGGACAUUCCUACGGCCUUGGGCAUCCCGCCCUGCACCAGAACCUGCCCCCAGGCUUCCCCACCUCCGUGCCCGGCUCCGUGCCCUCCGUGUUCCCCCUUUCCCAGGACAGCCCUGCCCAGCUCGUCAUCCUGCCCUCUGAGCCCACACCCCACACCGCCCCCCACGCGCUCGCUGACGUCAUGGACCAGGCCUCCCUGUGGCCCCCCAUGUAUGGGGGCCGGGGCCCCACCCCCCACGUGCAGCACCCGGGCCAGCUACCCGUGUACUCCCGGUCCCAGCUCCUACGGCAACAAGAGCUCUAUGCCUUGCAGCAGAAGCAGCAACCGCGGGCGGCCCCCAUCCAGCGGAAGCCUGAGGACCAUCACCUGGAGCUGGAGGAGCCCGCCCAGGAGAAGACCCUGAAGUCCACCCACAAGCCAGUUGCCUUAACCCCCAUAGCCAAGGGCACCCCCUCACCGGCCACCGUAGGCCCUGUCAAGCUGUCACCUUGCUGCCACUCACCUACCCCAAAGCCCCCCACCAGCUGCCCCACAACGCCACCACGUCCCAGCGCCCCAUGCACUUUAUCCGUCUGCCCCUCGGGCAGCCCCGGGCCUGGCUCCAAGCUGCCCAGCUCCGAGGACAAGAGUGGGGAGGGCCGGCGGUCCGGAGCCGACCUUAGCACGUUGGAACCAGACCUGCCUCCUGGAUAUACCUGCCGGGCGGCCAGCCCCACCUUCUCCCUAUCCCCCAGCGUGCACCCUCCUGACCUCUCGGACCCCAAAACUAUGCAAACUGCAGCCCCCAGGGUCCAGCCUGAGCCAGUGAGGACGUUCCCGCCCGGGGAGCUGCCCCCGCGAAGCCCCCAGAGCCCACAGGAGCCGGGGUUGCCCUCAGGGGCCAGGGAGGCCACCCAGGACCUUGCCGCCACCCCCCACCCUGCCGAGCGGGGACCCCUAGGGAAGGCAGCAGACCCCAGCCCACUGGAGGGGCUUCGAGAACUGCGAUGUGGGGCCCUCCUCGAGGGAGGGGGCCCCGAGGCCACUGGCCAGGCUCAUUCUACUCAGGGAGGGGCUGCAGAGGAGGGGGCCACGGUGGAGGGGGGUGUGGAGGAGGGGCCAGGGCGCUCAUCAGGGGCGGGCCCCCAGGCCCUGCAGCAGCAGAGAGGCCCAGACGCCAUCGCCAUCGAUGAGGCCAGACCAGGCAAACAGCAGGCCCCCAGGGAAGCAAGGCCGGAGGAGGGGGCUGAGUAUCAGGAGGACGAGCUGGAGGAGGAAGAGGGCCAGGGGUCAACUUUCAAGAAUAGCCACCUGCCCAGGGCACUACGGGGCCUUGAUGCCCUGGUGGCAGCCACCAUCGACCUGGGGGACCUGCCAGGCAUCAGCCCGCUGGACCCGCAGCUUGCCGCUGCCCCAGGGCCCCCACGCACAGCCCCUUCGCCCUGUAGCUCAGGGAUUCAUGGAAUUGCCCUGCUCAGCGAGCUGGCUGACCUGGAGAUCCAGCAGCAGAGGAGGGAGCCGGCCUUGCAAGGUGAGCACCGCCCCUCCCUCCGUGAGCCCUCUGGGGCCCCAGGGCAGCUGGCCAGACUGUGGGCUUCGGCUCAGCUGUCCCACAGUGGGGCCCCCGCAGCUGCCUUCCACCCCCGGCCCCGUCCGUGGCCCUGCUGGCUAGGGGCAGGGCCCUCGGCUUCAGAGGGGAGGCCUCUAGGGCAGCACCUCCCGUUGUUGCGAUGUUCACAGGGCCCUGUGGGGACUCACAGGUGUCCUCCAAGGAUGCCAAGGCCGUCAGGGGGCGAGGUGGCGAACGGGGAAAGCAGGAAAGGUUGUGCUCCCCUCUGUAGGCAUCCAGCCCUGACCGCUCCCACCCAGGCCCAGGGGAGGUGGCCUGAGGCCAAUCAGACAGUCCCCAGACCUCGAAACCACAUGUCCCCUGCAGUUUCACCAGGGCUGGGGGCUGGGGUGCCGGUCCUUCCUGCGCCGGGGCUGACCUGCAGGUGGAAUUGCUCCUGGGCUCCCAGCACCCAGAAGAGCCCUGGGACGGGCCCGGCGCUGUGCCGAGGGCAGCGUGCUGGGGAGCCCCUCCAUGUGGGCACCCCACUGGACCCCGAGGAGGGCCUCACUUAG